ACUCUUUUGGCCGUAACCUGACUGUCUCGAUCCUUCCGUUUACUGUCAGCUGUCACAGCCUCCGCCACUGUACCGCACCACCACAACGACGAACCACACGCUCUCCAUCACUUUUUUCACUCAGUCACAGAGUCCUCAGUCAGAGUCAGUCUCCCUGACCCUGAUCCCAACAGAAUAACAAACCAGAAACGCGUCGACAAAUUCCCAGACCCUAGAAAACACAUUUUGUUAUUUUAAUUUAAACUAAACAGUGAAGAAGCCGAGUCAAAAGAGAGAUAAAUCUAGAGGGAAUUGUUCAGUAGAGGACCCCUGAAAUGGCGUCCUCUAAACUCAUGAAAUCUUCUAAUUCGCCAAAUUCGGAUCUCUCUAAACGUCCUUCUUCUUCUUCUGUAAAACUACAGACUCAACAACAACAGCAACAACCACAACGGCAGCAGACUCUCGCAUCAGCAAUGACGGUGGAUGGAAUUCUCCGCAACGUGUACAACUCGACGGCGGUGUCGACGACGACGGAGGCCACUAUGAUUGACGCGCGGAUCACGUUGAUCGAGACGAACGAUCAUAAUAUUGAUAGUAAAUAUGGUACUAAUGAUCAGAGUGAGGAGCAGAACAGUGUCGUUUCCAUGAGUUUGGGGAAGAGUGUGGAUGACGUGUGGAGGGAGAUCGUGUCGGGGGAGAAAAACGAGAUGAAGGAGGAGGCGCCGAACGAGAUAAUAACGCUGGAGGAUUUUUUGGCGAAGGCUGGAGCUGUCGAUGACGUGGAUGAGAAAGGUGGAGCUGACGUCGACUUGAAGUUGCCGAUUACGGAGCGGUUGAGUGGUGGGGUGUAUGCAUUUGAUCCGGUCCCAUCGCCUAGUCCCUUUCAAGUGGAAGACGCGAUUGUGGGGUUCGGAAAUGGAGUGGAAGUGAUUGGUAGUGGUGGUGGAAUGAGUGGAGGGAGAGGUAAGAGAAGGAGAGUGAUGUUGGAGCCUUUGGAUAAGGCAGCGCAGCAGCGGCAGAGGAGGAUGAUCAAGAAUCGUGAGUCCGCUGCAAGGUCUAGGGAAAGGAAGCAGGCCUAUCAAGUGGAAUUGGAGUCCUUGGCAGUGAGGUUGGAAGAAGAGAAUGGGCGGCUGUUGAAAGAGAAGGCUGAGAGCACCAAGGAAAGGUAUAAGCAGCUCAUGGAAAAAGUGGUUCCAGUUGUUGAGAAGCAAAGACAACCACGUAUUCUUCGGAGAGUUCUCUCAAUGGAAUGGUUCCACGCGGAAGCAACUGUUAGGAAAAUGGAAGAACAGCAGCAGAACUUGGCUGCAGCUGCAUUGAAAGUUGCAAUUUGUAUUAAAGCUCUUGCUCCAUAUACCCACCAUUACAGUUUAAAAGUACUUUAAAAAAUUCUUUUACAAAGAAGCACUUAAAAAAUAAGCACUUGGGCAUUUUUACUUAUAAUUUUCCUGUCAAGUAUACUCUAGAAUUGUUCUUAUUUUUAUUUUUUAUGAAACCAAUAUGAUGAGGUUGAAGGAACAUAAAGUAAAACGGAGGGAAGCUGAAUUGUUGUCUUUUAUACUGAGAAAAAUCUUGUAGUAUCUUAAUUUUACAGCAACUUUUAUGUCGUUUUCUUCAAACCCUUCCGUAUGUGUUCUCCUUGUCCUUUUAAUCUUGUCUUUUUCAUCUGUAAUUCAUUCCUUUUGUUUAAAUAUUUAUUUGUUAGAGUUCUUCCAACA